UACAGGCAGAUUGAAGGUUCUUUCUCGGAGCAUUUUGAAGGUUCUUUCCCAGAGAAAAUACAUCAGUGCUCCAAUGGCUGAGAAAGGCAAACAGAUCGGUGCGAUGGAUCCCAUGGUGCCAUCUGAGUAUUCUGCCCACAAAGUUUCAGAGUCUGCUGCAGCUAAAUGGCUCAAUUCUAUCCGUUCAACCGAUUCUCUGCCUCCCCAGAACGAGACUCAUGGCUUCCAGGAGAGCUUAAUAAUUCGUCAGUUGACUGUCAAUCAGGUAGAACCUGGAAUCGUCAUUGCUACCAUUACAGUUCACUCUUCCCUCACGAACAGAUACAAUACGUUACAUGGAGGAGCAGUUGCAAUGAUUUCUAAUAUCGUGGGCAUGGCGGCUGUAAAGACUGUUGCAGUAGAUAAGGAUUUUGAGCCGGCUGAACUAAGCAUGUCUUAUGUCUAUGCAGGGCGCAUUGGAGUGGAGUUGGAGGUCAAGGCAAAAGUACUCAAGUUUGAAAACAAUGCAGCAGUAUCUUCCAUUGAUAUUAGAAAUAAGGAAACAAAGCAAGCAAUAUUUCAAGGUUGUUGCACAUUUCAUAGCAUGCCAAAAUCACGCAUGUGAUUUCUUUCUUUUUAUCCAUUUUAUAAAUCACUAAACCAAAAUAGUAAAAUAUGUCUAUUGUGGUGAUAAUAUUGUUCAAUACCUUUUGAGAUAUUAUAUCCAUAUGAUUAUAGUGGUACCUAUGUUAAUGAGGCUAUGAGA